GGGGUGGGGGGAGUCUUGCUUGCAGACGGCUGACGGCUGCAGGUCCGGUGUUUUGUGGCACAAUUUCUUCCGUGGACAGAAAUGGUUGUUGAGGAAAUUGUGGAGGAAAUUGCGGAUAAACCACAGGAUGUUGCUGUGGUCGAAGAUGCACCUAAAAUUCUCACCCUUGAAAUCUUGAAGAUAAUUAAAGAUGCACAGCAACAACAUGGAUUACGUCACGGUGACUUUCAACGCUACAGGGGUUAUUGCUCCCGCCGGAUUCGCAGAUUACGCAAGGUGUUACAUGUUACCCAAGGAGACAAGAGACAUUUUAAGAAGAAAGAAAUUACAGAAAUAAUGGUGAAGGAUGAAAAGUUUCUCUAUGUUCCCCUUAUGAUGACUGAGCGGUGUUGGAGUCAUGCCAUGCAAUUACGUCAAGAAGCAAAUACAGAGCCCAGGAAAAAAUUCCACCACAUUAGUAGGCUUCGCAAAGCAACAUCCUACUGCCUGCAGCUCCAAAAGCUCUGUGAGCUACCAAACUGUGAUGCACGCACAAAGCUUGAAGCUCAGGCUUAUGUUGCAUGGAUUCACGGCUCUUUACAUUUUGAGUUGCAAAUGUGGAUACCUGCAAUGGAAAACUUAAAAAAAGCUCAAAUGGUGUAUGAAAAGCUAGCAGAAGCGUUGCCAGAAGAGGACAGUCAUCUUUACACUCAACGAGUUGAUGAACUUGCUCCAAGUUUGCGUUUCUGUGCUUACAAUAUUGGAGAUGAAUCUGCAAUUGAUGAUUUACUCAAAAUGCGGAGCCAGGGUCAUGGAGAUCUUAUGGCCAAUCUUGAUACUCUUAUGGUUCAAACUCGUGAAAAACAGUCUGGUGAACUGAGUACAGUGGAAUGGCGAGGAAGAAGUGUGACAGUUCGCCCUGAGAGAGCUCGAAUCUUUUUACUGUCUGUAAGAGAUAAUGAUCAGGCUCUGAAGAAUGCUGCUGAUAUACCAGCACGUAUUGAGGUGUUGGAGACUCUGCUGAUGGAUUGCAAAGAUGCCAUUGCAGCUGUAAAGGAUGAAAUGAAACAAGACCCUGCUACUAAGAAUCGCGUGGGACCCACAGAAACACUGCAUCCUCUCCAGUACUUGCUGACCUACCUACUGCACAUUCGCCUAACACAAACUGUACAGAGGAAUCUCUUGCUUGUUGAACAGGCGAACAGUGAGAAUGGGGCUGAAGCACGAUCUAAAAACCAUCUUCAGGACCUUACUCGCUUGUAUGAAAUCAUUCUUCAAAACUUGCAAGAAAUGCAAACACUUCCUGGACUUGAAGAGGAUGCAGUGUAUCAAAAGGAGGUUGAAGCUAAAAUUACAGCUUUUAAAGCCUUUAGAUGCUUCUACAUUGCCCAGAUACUUGUUGGACUUCGAAGAUGGAGGGAGGGUAUGGCUCUUUACCAACGUUCAGAGCAGUAUGUGCGAGAAGCGCUUAAGACACCUGUGGACUUUAAACCUCAGCUUGAGAAACUGAAGAAAGAUAUUGAAGGCUGCAAGUUCUCUGCUCAUGCUUACAGUGUUUUGGAAGGAGAGGAGACACAGGGAGAGUCUCCUCAAAAGGGUCCUCGGUCUCGUAAGCCUCUUGCAGAACGUCUGGGAGAAUAUCGUGAGGACCCUAGCCUCACUAACAAGACUCCAAAUGUUUAUCGUUUACCCCCGGACAUGAAACCUAUACCCUGCAAACCUCUCUUCUUUGACCUGGCUCUAAACUGGGCUGAAUUCCCAUCCUUAGAUGACAAGAUUGAAGGAGCCUCCAAGAAAGGACAAACUAAUGCAGGUCUCACUGGUUUUGUUAAAGGCUUCCUGGGAUGGGGUGGUUCAAAAAGUUGAAUUUUUACCACCUCUCUUCAUCGGGCAAGGAGUAAGUGGGUGAUGUUCAUCCGAUAAUGUAAAAGGGCACUGGGUGAAGGUUUCAGAGAAACUGCAUUAAUAUGAUAAGAAAUUAUGACCUUUAAUAUCAGAUGGAGAUUGUUUAACAGAACCAAUUGUUUUACUCAUAAAUAUAUUAUCAUUUCUUGACUAAA